CACAGCCAAUUCGAAUAAAUUUUUGGUUUUUCCGAAAUUUUUUUCUCAAACGUAGUAGUUUGUAGCUAACAAUAAAUCUGUUGUUCACUUCUGGUGCAGACAGCUGCAACAAUGCAGAAAUGCAUCAAACUACGCGCCUCUCACGCCAACUUUCACAUCAUGAAAGCUCCCAUCUUUCCCCAGCCUUACUCAACUUCAACAUCAAAGCCUUUAUUGAACGAGGCCAAUUCACAAAAGCCUUACAACUAUUCUCUGUUUCCCCACUUUCAGCCACCCAAUUCACUUUCCCCUCUCUUCUGAAAGCUUCCACUUUCCUCUCUAACCUUACCUAUGGCAAAACCCUUCAUUCCACAAUCAUCCUAUCGGGUCUCCAGUUUGACCCUUUUAUCACCACUUCACUUAUAAACAUGUAUGUGAAAUGUGGGUUAUUUUCUUAUGCAGUUAAUGUGUUUGAAAAAAUGGUUGAAAGAGAAGCUUUUGUUAAGGAUGUUACUUCUUGGAACUCUUUGCUUGAUGGGUAUUUUAAGUUUGGUCAAAUAAAGGAGGGUUUGGCUCAUUUUUAUAAGAUGCAGGCUUUUGGGUUACUUCCUGACGCUUACUCACUCUCUAUUCUUCUUGGUGUUUUGGGGUUUAAGGAAGGACAGCAAAUUCAUGGUUACAUAGUUAGGAAUAUGUUUAAGAGUGACCCUUUUUUGGAAACUGCAUUGAUUGAUAUGUAUUCGAAUCGUAGUCGAAUCAUGGAGGCUUGGUUUGUGUUUCAUCAUUUGAAAGAUAAGAGCAACGUGGUGGUUUGGAAUGUGAUGAUUGGUGGGUUUUUAGAGAAUGGAUGGUGGGAAUGGAGCAUAAAGUUGUAUUCUUUAAUGAAAGGUGAGAAUGUCAAGUUUGUAUCAGAGUCGUUUAGUAGUACCUUGAGUGCCUGUGGGUAUGGUGAUGUUGUGGAUUUUGGAAGGCAAGUUCAUUGUGAUUUAAUCAAAUUGGGAUUUGAAAAUAACCCUUUUGUUUAUACUUCUCUUUUAAGCAUGUAUGGAAAAUGCCAAUUUGUUGAAGAUGCAGAAAAUGUUUUCCAUCAGGUAUUGGAUAAAGGAAUUGAAUUAUGGAAUGCUAUGAUAUCGACUUUUGUUUGUAAUAAAUAUUCUUAUGCUGCUUUUGAAGUGUACAACAAGAUGAGAUGUAAUUUAAUAACCCCUGAUUCUUUUACGCUGUCUAAUGUUUUAUCAUGUGGCAGUAUGAUUGGAAUAUACAAUGUAGGGAGGUCAGUUCAUGCAGAACUAGUGAAAAGACCUAUAGACAGUAGUACUACUGUACAGAGUGCUUUAUUGACCAUGUACUGUAAGUCUGGCAGUGUUGAUGAUGCUAAUUCUGUUCUUCGCACAAUAAGGGAAAUGGAUGUGGUUGCUUGGGGAUCCAUGAUAUCAGGUUUUUGUCAAAAUAGUAAGUUCAGAGAAGCUUUAGAUUAUUUUGGAAGAAUGGAUGCUGAUGGAGUAAGACCAGAUUCUGAUAUUAUGUCAAGUGUCAUUAGCGCUUGUACGGGAUUGGAGAAUGUAGAUUCAGGGUGCAUGAUCCAUGGAUAUGUGAUCAAAAUUGGUUUGGACCGAGAUGUUUAUGUUGGUUCUUCCCUUGUUGAUAUGUAUUCAAAAUGUGGUUUCCCGGAUAUGGCCGAAAAUUUAUUCUCUGAUAUGCCACACAAAAAUCUUGUUACUUGGAAUUUGAUGAUGUCAUGCUAUUGCCGAAAUGGUCUGCCUGACCAGUCGAUAAAUCUUUUUUCUAAAAUAGUUCAGCAUGGUUUUUAUCCAGACUCUGUAUCCAUUACCAGUGUUCUUGCUGCAGUUUCGUCCAUAGCAGCUUUACUUAAUGGAAAGAUCAUCCAUGGAUAUCUUGUUAGACUAGAGAUUAAAUCUGAUAUUCAGUUGGAGAAUGCAUUGAUGGAUAUGUAUAUUAAGUGCGGAUUCUUAAAAUAUGCAGAGUAUAUAUUUCAACACAUGUCUCAGAAAGAUGUAGUUACAUGGAAUUGCAUGAUUUCUGGUUAUGGAUCUCAUGGGAAUUGCCUUCAAGCUUUGUCAUUAUUUGAUGAGAUGAAGAAUUGUGGAAUAAAACCUGAUGAUGUUACUUUUCUUUCCCUGAUUUCAUCUUGCAAUCAUGCUGGUCUGGUUGAUGAAGGCCACAAUAUAUUUCAGUGCAUGACAGUGGAGCAUGCGAUUGAACCUAAAAUGGAGCACUAUGUAAACAUUAUUGAUCUCUUGGGCCGUGCCGGACGUUUGGAGGAUGCUUAUAAUUUUAUAAAAACCAUGCCCAUGGAACCUGAUAGGAGUGUCUGGUUGAGUAUGUUAUGUGCCUCCCGUGCCCAUUCUAAUGUGGAGCUUGGGGAACUGGCAGCUCAGAACUUGCUGAAACUGGAACCAGACAGGGGCAGCAAUUAUGUUCAACUGUUACAUUUGUAUGGAGAAUCUGAAUUGUGGGACAAGGCUGCAAACAUACGAUCAACAAUGAAAGAAAAGGGAUUGAAGAAAAACCCUGGAUGUAGUUGGAUUGAACUGAGGAAUAAGGUUGAUGUUUUCUUCUCAAGGGAUUCAUCAUCCCUGAAAACAAUGGAGAUGUAUGAGAUACUACAUUGCCUUAGAAGGAACAUGGAGAAGGAAGGGAGUGAUUAUGAAAUUGAACUUGGAAGUGUAUAGGCAAAAGGUUCAUAUUAGACAUGAGAAAAUUUUCUUUACAUUUGUCUUAUUUGCAUCAAUAGCAACAAACUUAUCCUGAAGAUCACUAGACAAUAAAAUAAAUGUGGAGGGUCUGAAUGUUUUUAUGAUCAAAACUGAGAGAAGGAAAUGAUUACUUCGUUCUCUCCACUUUUUAUAUCAACAAUUUAAAGAAAAUGAUAGGGACCUUAAGAAUUUGAGCCAACUUGAAUCCAUUCCAUGGGACUAAAGAUUUCAAACCUGGAGAUUAAACUGAAGUAUGAAUUUGUUUUCAUAUUGAUCCUACGAUUCGUGUGUAUUUAU